AUGAUCCCCAUCGAUCGUUCAUCACUUGAAGACAAUUUUACUUUGACUUAUGGCUACGUGUAUUGCCCGCAUUGUGGAAAGAGCUUCAAGGAUAACAUUCGAGUGCAAAACCACCUGAAUCAGCCAUACUCUGCUUGCCUUAUCCACUACAAUGAACUUCUUGAAAUCAACACGGGUCUCUUGAAACAACUUGAAGGAAAUCCUCAAUCCACGCUACUUCAACCUACAAGCCCUGAUGUUGGGGCUCCAGCUUCAGGCUAUGGGUCUCAUGGAGAAGGAACACAGCCAGACUUUGCCCCUAUGGACAUGGAUGUAGACUUCUCUGAGGAGCCUGUCGACACACCAAGAACUCCAACAAUCUCAGCAACGGAAUCUCAUCCAGACGUACCACCAGCUCGCUAUUUCAAAGAACACUAUCCAAACUCCUCUGAAACCUAUGGGCCUGGGUCAACAUUUAUGGACCUUUUUGAUCAAGACACGCAUUCUGAAGAGCGAAAGUUCAAUAUAUAUUACCCGUUUGCCUCAAGAGAUGAAUGGGAACUUGCUUCCUUUCUGCUUCAGUCAAACCUAAGCUUGGCAUCUACGGACAAAUUCCUCAAGUUAACGGUUAUUCAGAAUCUUGGCCUAUCGUUUUGCAAUGCCAAAGACCUUAGAAACAGAGCUGAAAUGCUUCCUGCUGGUCCAGCCUGGAAGACCAUGGAGAUUACAACGGCUGUCCCUACCAAAAACAAGCUCCACCUCUUCUAUCGUGACCCUAUCCAGUGUCUGGAGUCUCUCAUGCGCAAUCCUCUUUUAGAGCGCUCCAUAAAAUUUGGCCCCUUUCGACUGUUUGAGUCCGCCGUGAAGACCAUGAGAGUCUAUACAGAGUGGCUCUCGGGAGAUGCUGCAUGGUCCAUGCAGGAAAAAUUGCCAGUGGGCGCUACCUUGCUAGGAGCAGUUUUAUCAUCUGACAAGACGAAUAUAUCUGCGAAAACAGGGAACCGAAUGGCGCAUCCUCUUCUUAUCAGUCUUGCCAAUAUAGACAUGGAUACCCGGAACAAAUCUUUGAACCAUUUAUUUCUGCUCCUUGCGCUGUUGCCAAUCGCAACAUUUAUCCACCUUAGCAAGAAAGUACAGGGUGUUCUAGCUUCCCGCCUCUUUCACGCCUGCUUAGAUAUCAUUCUCAAGCCACUCAAGAUAGCCGCACAGAUUGGAAUUAUGAUGACGGAUCCACUUGCUUCCACAACACUUGCGCAACUGAUGGCCUUAGAAUCGACUGUAAACCCAUGGAGCUUGGAGUCUUAUAUGAAAGAAUCGAAGGAGAAAUUUCACCUCAACGGUGUUCAUCGCCCAUUUUGGCGAGACUACCCCCUUUCUGAUCCAUCUGUAUUUCUUACUCCGGAGCCUCUUCAUCACUGGCACAAACAAUUCUGGGAUCAUGAUGUCAAAUGGUGUAUCACCGCACUUGGGGAGAAUGGCCAGGAAAUUGAUUUUCGGUUUUCAGUUCUGAAGCCACAUACCGGCUUUCGACACUUCAAAGAGGGAAUAUCAAAGUUGAAACAAGUGACUGGCAGGGAGCAUCGCGACGUUCAAAGAUACAUUGUGUCUGUUCUAUCUCAAGGUGUUCCUCCAAUGUUCAUUGGAGCUAUCCGCGCACUUCUCGACUUCCGUUAUUUGGCGCAAGCAAAAGUCAUUAACGAAGCCACCUGUGAUCAGAUUCAAAAGGCUCUUCACGACUUCCACUUGUAUAAGCAAGCCAUUCUGGAUGCUGGAGCCCGGCGAGGAAAGAAAAAGGCAAUCUUAAACUGGUACAUACCCAAGCUGGAGUUCCUUCAAAGUGUCGUUGCCAAUAUUCAGUUAAACGGGGUUGCAAUUCAGUGGUCUGCUGAUACUACAGAGCAUGCUCACAUUGAGGUUGUCAAAGAUCCUACAAAAUCUGCCAACAACCAAAACCAUGAACCACAGAUAUGUCGUUACCUUGACCGCUUGGACAAGCUACGUGAUUUUGAUCUGGCUACAGGUAUUCGCGAGUCUAAACUGGACUUUCGAUUUCGAGGCGACAAUGUUAUUCCAGAUCCAGACACCUUUGUUGACAAACUCGGAGAACAAAGUCACUUCAAUAUCAGUACCACCGCUGACCUUCUCGCCAAUGUAGACUUUGUAUCACCACUCAUUGGCUCCACACGCCCCACAGUAGAUUAUUUCAAGAUUGCGUCUCAACUUAAGCUUGGUCAGAUUCCGAAUGCUCCCCACCCUCACAGAACACACCAAUCCUCACCAAAUUCUACUUUCCAUCUGACCCGUGAUCCCAGCUUCAAACGCAUGCUUGUCGAUGAUGUUGCGACUUUGUUCAACCUUCCGGAUCUCCGACCUGCCUUAGGGGACUAUGGACAAAGAAUCUCGCAGACAGAGGAGUCUUCUACCACUCUUAUUGGAGGCCGACGAUUGUCAGGCGACACGUGCGCUCUUCCCUUUCUUUAUCUUGAAGUCUGGAACCAGCUCCGAAUUCAAACAAAAGAAUACCAUGCACCUCAUGGCGUUUUGGCCGCCCACACAGUCAACGCGUACCCACCAUCUCCUGAGUGGCCACUAGGCCACUAUGAUUCUGUUAUAGCAAAUGUCGAUCCUGCUGAAAAAUGGCCUCAGAGCGGCCUCAAAGGUCACAUUGUUGUCGAUGUCCGAGUGGUGUUUCGUAUUGUCCCAACUCUGGCAAUGCAGCAUAUCCCAGAUCAGUUUUUGGCUUACGUUCAGCGUUUUGAUAUUGUGCCCCAGGUUAAUCAAUCAAUAUCUGGUUCAAGAACUGCUAAAGGACCAUUUCCCAAUCCAUAUUCCUCCCUGUAUAUCCUGAAAAGGGCAAAGAGGGCAGAUCAAAGAAUAAUUGGCGACAUUCUUCCCCUCCAUCGUAUUCGUGCCUUAGUUGACAUUGCUCCUCGCUUUGGUGACAUCGCAAAUAAGACGUUGACAGCUCAAAACAGCACAGUGUACAGUUCCGAGUAUUCAUUGAAUAAGUACUUCGAUAAGGAGUUAUUCUGGGCAUUAACUUAG